AUGAGUAUGUACGGGAGGGAUCCGUGGGGUGGGCCGUUGGAGAUCCAUGCCACGGAUUCAGCCACAGAUGAUGAUAGGAGCAGGAAUUUGGGUGAUUAUGAUCGAGCUGCACUGUCUCGGCCAUUAGACGAAACCCAGCAGAGUUGGCUGCUGGGCCCUGGGGAACAGAAGAAGAAGAAGUAUGUGGAUCUGGGUUGUAUUAUUGUUAGCAGGAAGAUCUUUGUUUGGACUGUUGGAUCCAUUCUUGCUGCUGGUUUGUUAGCUGGGUUCAUCACUUUGAUUGUUAAAACCGUGCCUAGGCAUCACCACCAUAAUCCGCCGCCGGAUAAUUAUACUCAGGCUCUGCAUAAGGCUCUCAUGUUCUUUAAUGCCCAGCGUUCUGGGAAAUUGCCAAAGCAUAAUAAUGUAUCUUGGAGGGGGAACUCGUGUACGAAUGAUGGAAAAUCUAAUGUUGCUCCGGUUAUUAAAGAUCUGGUGGGCGGUUACUAUGAUGCUGGGGAUGCGAUCAAGUUCCAUUUCCCUGGAUCAUUUGCCAUGACUCUUUUAAGUUGGAGCGUGAUUGAAUAUAGUGCAAAGUAUGAAGCUGCUGGGGAGCUUGCACAUGUUAAAGAGAUAAUUAAGUGGGGCACAGAUUACUUCCUCAAGUGUUUCAAUUCUACUGCUGAUAGCAUUGAUCAACUUGCCGCACAGGUUGGUGCUGGGGAUACAACCAAAGGAUCAAAUGAGAAUGACCAUUACUGUUGGAUGCGCCCAGAGGACAUUGAUUAUGACAGACCCGUGCAGAUGUGCAGUAGUUGCUCAGACCUUUCAGCUGAGAUGGCUGCUGCUUUGGCUUCAGCGUCCAUUGUUUUUAAAGAUGAUAAAGCAUACUCCCAAAAACUUGUCCAUGGUGCUAAAACUCUCUACAAAUUUUCAAGAGAGCAGCGCGGCAGAUAUAGUGCUGGUAUGGAUGCUGAGAAGUUCUAUAAUUCUACCAUGUAUUGGGAUGAAUUCAUCUGGGGUGCAUCCUGGCUUUAUUAUGCCACUGGAAAUUCAACAUAUCUGACACUCGCUACCACACCUGGGCUUGCCAAGCAUGCUGGAGCUUUCUGGGGAGGACCGAAUUAUGGUGUAUUUAACUGGGACAACAAGCUUCCUGGGGCUCAGGUGCUUCUGAGCCGUAUGAGGUUAUUUUUGAGCCCUGGGUAUCCUUAUGAAGAAAUUCUGAGGACAUUCCACAAUCAGACCAGCAUAGUCAUGUGCUCAUACUUACCAUAUUUCACAUCUUUUAACAGAACAAGAGGAGGCCUGAUCCAAUUAAACCAUGGAGAUCCUCAACCUCUUCAGCAUGCAGUUAAUGCUGCUUUCCUUGCCGCCUUGUUCAGUGACUAUCUUGAAGCUGCUGAUACCCCUGGGUGGUAUUGUGGCCCCAAUUUCUACUCUACUGAUGUUUUGCGAAAAUUUGCCCAAACACAGAUUAGUUAUGUACUUGGUAAAAACCCGAGGAAGAUGAGCUAUCUUGUGGGAUUUGGCAAUCGUUAUCCUAAGCAUGUCCACCACAGGGGGGCAUCAAUUCCUAAGGGUUCCCGGCCUAGUUGUACAGGAGGAUAUAAAUAUAGGGACUCGUCAAAGCCUAAUCCUAAUGUACUUGUCGGAGCAAUGGUUGCGGGCCCUGACAAGUUCGAUGGCUUCCAUGACGUUCGCACUAACUACAACUACACAGAGCCAACACUUGCCGGCAAUGCUGGUCUUGUUGCUGCCUUAAUUGCUCUGUCUGGGGAUGGAAGCGCGAAAAUUGACAAGAACACAAUGUUUUCUGCUGUCCCACCAAUGUUCCCUACUCCUCCUCCACCACCAGCUCCUUGGAGGCCAUAA